UUUUGCGGUCAGGGGACAUUCCCUUAUUUCCUUUAGUGUUUUCAUUAUUUUUAGUCUGCUUUCUCUUUAUCUCUUUUGUGCAUGUUUGCAGGCUAAUAUUCCUCUUUAUAAUUCAAGUUGCUGUUGCACUGAGAUUGAGAGACUCUGUGCCUUUGUAGAUGUCAAAGGUGGCAGCUGAACCUGUAAGUCACCCAUACUGGCCCAGAAACCUGUCCAUCCCAAACUACACAGAAAAUGAGCGCUCCAUGUUGGAGAUUGUCACUUUCCUGUUCUCUGUGUCGGGACUGUUGAUGAUGUUUGCCUGGACUCUGACGGGAAAGAACGUUGGAGGAGGAAGACUGAGCAUCUGGAGAAGGUUAGCACUUUGCUGGUUUACUGUCUGUGGCUUCAUCCAUGGUGUCAUCGAGGGCUGGUUCUCUCUCUACUACACCAUCAUUCCAGCAGACCAGAGCUUCCUUUCUCAACUUUGGAAGGAAUAUUCAAAAGGUGACAGCAGAUAUGUCAUAGCAGAUAAUUUCACUGUGUGCAUGGAGACAGUGACUGCGUGUCUGUGGGGACCUUUCAGUCUCUGGAUUGUUGUGGCUUUCUUGUAUAAUCAUUCCUACAGAUUAGUUUUGCAGCUUAUUGUAUCUUUAGGGCAGCUGUAUGGAGCAGUGCUCUACUUCUUCACUGAGCACAGAGAUGGGUAUAUGCACAGCGAGUAUGGACACCCCAUCUAUUUCUGGUUCUACUUUGUCUUCAUGAACGUCCUAUGGAUUGUGAUCCCUUUUAUUCUUAUUAUGGACUCCUGGUUCCAGUUGAGUAGCACCCAAGCUUUGGCAGACAAAACAGUUCCCAAACAAAAGAUGAAAUAGCUGGGGAAGAAAGUUUAGAAAAGGUAAUAAAUUACUGUGCACCGUUCUGGUGACAUUUGAAUGUACAGUAAUUGUGGUUAUUUUAUCUUAUUCAUAACACUAUAG